CAAACAUGUUACGAUUCUUAUUCUGUUCAUUUAAAUUUUUUUGUUUAGACAUAUAUAUAUACGUAUAGUUUAUAAAAACCAUUUGAGCAUAUACAUAUUAUAAAUUGAUUGUAAACCAUGAUAUUCCAUUUGUGCUCCAAAUGUAUACACAGUCAUCAUUGCAUUGAACAGUUAUAAAUCAUUUAUUGUGUUCGAAAAUCUUAUAUGUGUAUUAGUGGAAGGUGUUUCACUUAACUGAUCGAUUUAAAUCUUAUCUCAGUUCUACCUUUCAAAAGAAUAAUUAUUCAGAUUGCUAGAAAUUAGUGUUGCCCUAAUCGUUAUUAUUAUUAUUCCUAUUAUCUUAAACGUGGAUAAUCAUACAAGUAUAUCUAUAUAAAGAGGAAAACAUGGUGGCUCAAGAAUUUAUCAAUUUCUUCUCCAGUUUACAACUUCCUGCCUCAACUGGUAUUGAAGAUUUUGGUGAUCGUUUAAAUUUCUUUACUACCAUUCUAUUUCUAAUCGCUACCUUAGUUGUUACAGCGAAACAAUAUGUUUUAGGUGCUAUAUCAUGUUAUGUAUCUGUUUCACCAUCAGGUACAGGGUUUGAUACAUUUCUAGUUAAUUAUUGUUGGGUUCAUGGAACUAUUCCAUUGAGAAAUAAUGAACCUUUGCCAGAGACAGAUGCUCAAUGGAAAGAAUAUGAUAUACAUAGAAGGAUCAGUGUCAAAAAAUUUUACUUAGUUAUCUACUUAUUGAAUUACAUGUUAUUGAAUAGGAGUAUAAUAUAUAUUUAA